UAGAUACAAAGGUAAGGCUUUCUUGCUAGCAAGUGACAGUCAAAAUGAGAGAUACUUUCUAAAUCUGUAAUCAAAUGAGUGGUGCAGCAAAUCUUUUUCUGGCAAAUUUUCCAUGGGAAUAACAAUCAUCAUGAUUAGAGUAGCCAUAGCAGCAGCAAUUUUCGCCUUUACGACUGGACUUUGUUGGAGCACUUGUCGUAUUGACUUUAAUCUCAAUUUUUACUCGGCUGAAAACUGUGCCUUGUACAAUCAUGUGCUGGAAAUGAAGAAUGUAUCUUCUGCUGUGAUCUGUGGGCGAGACUGCUUUAUGGACACAAAGUGUGCAUCAUUCAACUAUCAUGCAAGCAGCCAUCUUUGUGAACUCAACAACGCAGCGCGACUCCAUGUUGCCAAUGACAGCUUCGUUGAGCUACAGGGAAGUGCCUACUUUGACUCGGACGUCAAUACUUCAUCUCUGUCGGUUCCUUUUGAGGAGAAGUAUAGCAACUGUCAGAAGCUGCUGAAGGCUGGUUACAGCGACAACACCACCUACACCAUCUACCCUCCUGGCAUGGCUGAUGGGUUACAGGUCUACUGUGACAUGAAGACCGAUGGAGGAGGCUGGAUUGUCUUUCAGAGACGUCAAGAUGGCUCUGUUGACUUCUACCGUAACUGGACGGAGUACCAAUCUGGCUUUGGCGAUCUAUCUGGUGAGUUCUGGCUGGGCAAUGAAGCUCUACGCAUCCUGACUGAGACUGGACAAUGGCAGCUGAGAGUAGACCUUGGAGACUGGGAGGGCAACACGGCUUGGGCAGAGUACGGUGAGUUUAGUAUCACAGGUGACAAAUACACACUCCAUGUUGGCUCAUACAAUGGUAUGAGUACAGCAGGCGAUGCAAUAAAAGGAGACCCAGGUGACCAACCUUUCUCCACAAAAGAUCAGAAAAAUGAUAUGUUGCAAGUAACCUUCGCACAUACACUUAAGGGUGCAUGGUGGUUUACUGGUAUGCUUAUCUCUCAUCUCAAUGGCAUGUACCACAUGAGCUCUACAGUAAAUAAUGCUAAUGAGGGCAUAAUGUGGUUCUAUUGGAAGGGAGAUGGUUACUCCUUGAAGCAGUGCAGCAUGAAAAUAAAAGAACUUCAGUAAGCCAAUCCAACAAAUCCAUGCACUCGUAUUUUCUAUCCAUUGUCAGGUAUUUCUGCUGUGUGCCAAAACACCUGCUGUUGUGUACAGGUUUCUUUCUGGCUGUUAAAUUCUCGAGCCAUGUUGAAACAUAAAAAAAAACCCACUUUUUUAAACAUCCAUCCACAAAAAAAACCUGAAAGAUAUUUUGAGUAAAAACAUUGCAUGGGAGACUUUUCUCAUUAAAUUAUCCACAAAAAGCAUG